AUGUUGGCACCGCAGAUUGCCAACUUGGUCCAGUUCUUUUAUCCUGUCGGAAACACCCCUGCUGUCUCUCUGACUCAAGAUUUGCCAUCGAACAAAAAAGCCGACAUACUUCUUCUCGGUUGUGGAGAUGUUCGUCAUAUUCUAUUCACCAUUCAAAAUGAGCAGGAAUCUCGCGACAGACUUCCAUUGGAUGUCACCUGCUGCGAUGUGGACACUGCUGUGAUUGCUCGCAAUAUUAUCUUGCUCUCUCUGAUUUUAGAUGAUGUUGAUGGCGUCAAAGAAAACACAAUCUGGAAUUUGUUUUAUCACUUUCGGAUCGACCAAAGUUCGCUUGAUCUAUUACGGAGCCAGACAGACAAACUGUUGUCUUCAUCAGCUUCGCUUGAUUUGUGGCACGCCAGUCAAUAUGGAAAAUGUGUUAAAAUUUGCGACAGCGUCUCCCUUGAACGGGUACGCGAAAUGUGGCGCUUCUACGGGACGAAGAGGGAAGGUGCUGCUCUUCGCAGCUACAAGAUGAAGGUUGAUUCUGGCAUGAAAAAGUCUCGAGAAUACAUGAAGUCAGUCACCGGACUUGACGGAGGCAAGGAUACAAGCGUGAUAACAGGCAUCCGUGCUGCUGCCCCAGCCUGCUUGGAAGCCAUUCCCGACAUUGGUGGUUUGUACAGAGACUAUUGGCAUUUCGGUACAACCGACACUGAUGCAGCGGCUCGGUCGCGUGCCGUGGAAUACAACCCCAUGUUCGCGCCCCAGGAUGGGAACAUGUUUUUACAUUACGGCACCGACCCGCUGUUGGGAUUCCAUCUCGGUGUUUCCUACGUUCCAAUUGAAUCGACGUCGCCGCUAUCGAGCGAUUCUUCCAAGAGACCGACGGCACAUGAGAUCGUGCAAACUGCACAAAAGGAAUUCAGUUCCUGGAUGACGUCGUUUAGGGCGUAUUCAGUUGCUAGUUUGGUGAAGCUACGAUUCUUUGUAGGAGAUGCGGUGGCGUUCGCAUACACGCUUCAACAUGUUAAGGCCACCGGUUCGUCAAGGCACGCCAAUUGGUAUCGUGAUCGUUAUCACUUUGAACCGCUGGAAUUGAACCAUGAGGACUAUCUGGGUGGCUCUGCACCGUGUAUGUUUGAUGUCAUCGACACAUCUAACCUGCUGGAUCAUCUUGGAGCGCUGAAUCUUCUGGUUGCUACUUCACCACUCCUGCGCAGUCACUUUUCAGCUACCUUGUACUCAGAGAAACUCGUUCGGACUCAAGAAAGCCACAAGGAGAUCUUGGACAACAUGCUGUGCGGAGACUUGACUACCGUUUCCUCGCUCCUCGGCCUGACCCCUGUCGAGGUUGCAACGAACACGGCGCCUGUCUCCUCGGGAGACGAAGCAAUAUGUCAAAGUAUGACAGAAUCAAACAGAGCUGGACAACUAUUCGCAAGAAUCGCAUGGAAAAGGCCGUUGAAUCCUACCAGCACAGUAUCCAAUUCAUUGGUGCUCAUUCACUUUGAUUCUGCACACCUGGGUCAUGCUCUGUAUAAAAUCUUUACAAAGAUGUUCGCCGACGAGGAUGUCACACAGCUACUCGCCAGGUUGGCAGCCCAGGGCACUAAAAGGCCAACACUACCAACUUAUCACCGGGCGAGCUUUGUCGCUCUGCUUUGUCUGGUGAAGUCGCGGACUGAAACCAACUGGAAUGAAACAAUGGAAGCGUUCUUGCAACAUAUGGAUGAAGAUAACAGUCUUGCAUUAGCCAAUACUUACAUGCAAGAGCUGAAUCUUUGGAUGCACAUGAUGGGUCUUUAUUCUGCUGGUUUUUUGAAAACCCCACCGAGCAGUUCUGUUGAUCACCAAUGCGCCGGGACUCUAAAGCAAUGGCAGAACAUUCCAGCCGUUGUCAGUGUUACACUUGAGGUCCCAAGAUAUGAACUUGACCUGGUUAUCAAAGAGUCGAUUGAGAUAGGUCUUACCCCGCCGCUCCAAGGCGUUCUACAAUCCUCCUCUCAAGCAGACAAUCAAUGGCAAAAUAUGUUCGCUGCCACCCAGAUUGGGUUUGGAAAAUUGACUACUGUAGGUGUUCAGCACAGCGACUCAUUUGAGCUGAAAAUUGAAGAAGAUCAACUGGGAUGGUCUGGGAAGUCAUCGAUGUUCGUUUCAUUCUACGUUCCAAGCUGGAUUCUACUCCAAGAGCCACAAACUGCUACCGUAUCGCUAGCUAUUCCACAUUCUCCUCACACAGUGGCUGCCUUUGCUAAAAGAUUGGGGCCUAACCUGAGCAUCUUCACCACAGAGCAGAAAAAUGCUGGAAAUGUUUACGUCACGAAAAAUAUGCCACAUCAAAGCAAAGUCAUCUCUAUCUGUGGUUUUGCUCCAGGAACUACCAAGAACGAACAUGACUUUGAAGAGAACUCAGCGACAAAGGUCACUGCUACCGUGGACAAGAAUUCUGGCCAUAUUUCAUCCUUCACUAGCCACGUCCAGAUUCUGUCUGAGGAGUCAAAGGUCGAGUUGAGAGAAGGAAGCAAUGUCUCGCGCUCUAUGCAAUCGCCGUUCAACUACACUCUAUCUCUCGAACGUGGACCAACCUAUCAAAUCAACUUCCCUGUUCCAGUCUUGGAGUCCUCCGUCAAAAUUAAAAUUGCACGCAAAUCGUCCUACCUUGAGCUCGUGGCGGACGUUGCCAAACUGAACCACUGGUCAACCUUCCAGUCGUUCAUGUACCCGGUAUUUUUGGAUUCUGGAGUCCCUGCUCCUUGGAACAUGCCUCGCCUCAACAUUUCCUCUCUUCCAGCUAUGGAUGUUACCAACUCCUCAUCUGUGCGUCUGAAGUGGCUCCAGUAUCAUCUGCCAACAAUGUGGUCGGCACAAGAACGUGCCCUGAAGUUCAACCCUUCACUACCGGCAUCGCCGAGCCUACGAGCCAGAGUGGAAUUCAAAGACUCCCUCUUUCACAUGUUCAUAGGAUUCAGUGGAAUACAAAAGCAGAAGGCAUCCGUGUUUGCCAUCGACUGUGCUGAAGAACAGGGAGUGCAGAUGAUAUUUUUCGUGUCAAGAAUGCGACUCGACCUUUCCAACCGCACAGCUGUGUUGGAUGCUGCAGUACUUCCAUUAACUCUUGACCUCAUGCCCCGCAUUUUGCCCUCGUUGCAAGCGAUGUCAAAAAGCAGUCAUGCCCCCAAGGCCAUUAGAACCCCCAAAGCCGAGCUGCAAAUUUGGAAGGAAGCCCUUCCUGCCUGGACGGAACGCUGCCGACCUUGGUCUCACAACCCCGGCUGUGAGUACAUUUCCGCCGGUAAACUUCCACUGUCUACCAAAUUCGGCGAAAAGAUCCUGUGCUCGUGCGGCGAGGGCAAAUUGCCUGCCGAUUUUAUGCCCAACUUCCCAGGAUGGAAGGAUCUUGCCAAAUAUGCUGUUCGAGUUGCGGUAUCUCCCUCGUUCCCCUCGGCACUUGUUGAUGAUCCCCUCGAUCAAUCUUCCUUCGGCCCUGCCAAACAUGCGCCUGUCCAAAAGAAAGACAGUUGCCUGAUCUGUGGCAAGCACGCCCAGCCGGAUGGUUUGGAUUUAAUGACCUGCUCGCGCUGUCAUGAAGCUAAGUACUGCUCGAGGGACUGCCAGAAGGCUGAUUGGAAAAAGCAUAAAGGCGUUUGCAAAGCAUGA